AGGGAAGGCUAAAUUCAUUCUCUUGGGCUGGCACUUGUGAAGAGCAGGAGGAGUCAGGGCAGAAAUCUGAAUUACGCUGCGGCGUCCCCCCCACCCCCAAUCUUUGGCUACGGGGAAUUUUCAUGGGACCUAAAACUCCCGUUUAAUCGGGAGCCAAGAAGGGGGGCGGGGAGAAAGAAGAAAAAAAGGAGAAAAAGAAAGAGAAAGAAAGGAUAAGGGGGAGAGAAAAUGGAGAAAAGUAAAAAGAAAGAAAAAGAAAAAGUUUUGAUUGCACUCAGAGAGAAGGAGAUCGAGUAGCAGCCCCCACUCCCGGAGCGAGUUAGGGAGGCGUAGCCCGGGAGGCUGAAAGAAAGGGUUGGCACGCUGCUGCUUGCAAGGACAGCUGUAUUCUUCUAUGGACACCGUCAGGAUGUGACAUCACUAACGCGGAGAGAGAAAAGGCCCCGAAGUUUCUUUAAUGAAAACUCCUCCAGCCAAGGUUCCUUGCGUGGGAUCCUUCACUGCAGCGCUCUUGGUAAGCCGCGGGCACUUUUAAGGAGGGCGGCAGGGAUCCUUCUCCUUGGCUCCAGAGGGAGCAACUUUUAUUCGGCUCGGCUUGCGCAGGAGGCGGUGAGUAUCUCUCCCUCCCCCUCUGCCCCGUUUCACAAAGAAGUUUGAUCGGAGCGUGGCAAAGCUCCAGGCCAAGCCUCUCUCUUGGAACCUUUCGCAGCCCUGGAGUUUCUGAACUUUUCAACCUCGGAACCAUCCUGAUUUUUAUUUUUAUUUUUGUCCUUUGGAAAGACUGGUCCUCCUUGUCAUCACCCUGGCUGGUUCCAGCUCAGAAUGGCUUUGUGCCUUAAGCAAGUUUUCAACAAAGACAAAACCUUCCGUCCCCGGAAGAAAUUUGAGCCGGGGACCCAGCGUUUUGAGCUGCACAAGAAAGCUCAAGCCUCUCUGAAAUCGGGACUCGACCUGAAAGCUGUGGUCCAGCUUCCCCCAGGCGAGAACAUCAACGACUGGAUCGCGGUGCACCUUGUGGACUUCUUCAACAGGAUAAAUCUCAUCUAUGGGACCAUGUCAGAAUUCUGUACCGAGAAGAGCUGCCCCAUCAUGUCAGGUGGCCUCAAGUAUGAGUACCGGUGGCAGGAUGACUACCGCUACAAGAGGCCCACCAAGCUGUCGGCGCCCCAGUAUAUGUGCAUGCUGAUGGACUGGAUCGAGACCUUAAUUAAUAACGAGGACAUAUUUCCUACCAGGAUAGGUGUUCCUUUCCCCAAGAACUUCCAGCAGGUCUGCACCAAGAUCCUCACCCGCCUCUUCAGAGUCUUUGUCCAUGUCUACAUCCACCAUUUUGACAGCAUCAUCAGCAUGGGUGCCGAAGCUCACGUCAACACCUGCUACAAGCACUUUUACUACUUUAUCAGCGAGUUCAGUUUGGUCGACCAAAGGGAAUUAGAGCCUCUGAAAGAAAUGACAGAAAGGAUUUGCCAUUAAGAUCAUUCGGACAUCAUUUGAACGGACAUACUGUCCUCAUGAGGGCCUCACACGGUGAUCUGAACGACUACUGCUGGGAAUAUGAGGAACUUUGUGUUCCAGGGACUGAAACGUUUGGAGAUAGUGGACCCCAGUACGUCCAGUAGACAUAUGGACCCAAUAACAUUGUGUUCCUGUCUCUUCUACUCUGCCCUAGUGGCUGUAGCUGUGUGUCAUUUUGUUUUCAUUUUGUCCUCCAGAGACCCACCUCCUCCUAAGUUGUUUCACACUUUUUUGAAGCGCAAAGGGGGAAAUAACCUGAGAAUUCCUCCGCCGAGACCCGAAGAAAAAUGAUGAAUGUAUUCCACACAGAAGACUACUUUCAUCCCCUUUAGUCUAUCAAAGUGAAGAAAGUUCACAAGCAACAUGCCCUGCCUUGUACUGUAUUGGGGGAAAAUGGUUCACUAUCACCCUACCCUCCUCCAUUAUUAUUUUUAAUGAGCUACUGAUUAUUCCUCUCUCUAUAUGCUUUCGUCAGGAGAACCAGAGAUGCUAGGAAGAUACCAGACCACUAGGAAUGCUGGAUUGGAAGAACAUUUCCCCCCAGUAAGAUGUCAUUUGUAGAAAAUAAUAUUAGUAUUAGAACAGAGUGGAAUGAAGCAACUAUUUGCUUCAGUUUUUCCUCAGCUUGCAGAGCAUCCACACAACAGCCCACAUGCAAAUAUUUGCAGUCCUGUACAUCAAAAACAGAAGGCAGGAGCAUCUCAGUAAGGUGCCAGCAGAACACAUCUCUUCAGGUUUCACACGUAAAUGAGCCACUGUGUGUGCUGAGGGGAAAACACAAGCCCUAUGAAGACUGAUACCAAUCCCAGAAAUGGAAUCAGUGCCAUAAAACAAUCAACAGUUGCUAAAGAGAAUUGAAGUUAUGGAGCAUGCAGAUCUUGUCCUUUUGAGGAACUUUGAUGCAUUUUUUUUAACUAUAGAAAAUACAGACGCUUUAGAAGGAGUCAAAUUAAUGGUUCCUCUAGCCCAAGACUCCCUACCCCAUCUGGUGGUGACUCAACAGCUAUUUAUGAUACUUUAGCUGCAACCCUAAACGCACUUUCUAGAAGAUAGCCCCCCUUGAACACAGGGGGCAUUAUUUCUGAAUAAGCAUGUAUAGAGCUGUGCUAUUUAACUGGAGGUGCCAAGAAUUGAACCUGGGAUUUUCCUACAUUCAAAAUGUGUGGUCUACCACUGAGCCAUGAGUCUUCCUUCCCCAUAAAACCCAGUGAUCAUUUCCCCAUUGACUGCUACUCUCUUCCUUUGAGAAGGGAGGGAACAAUAUUUUUUCUUUACUUUUUUCCUUAAGUGACCUGAGCCACAUGCAUCGAUGAGUUUUAUUAGUCAAGAUUUUAUACUUUCUACAACAAUAUUUAUAUCUUGGGUUGUCCUACUUUUUCUGUCAGUGAAGUUUAAAGUAUUAAAAUUGCACAGAUUUUUUUUUGAACUGACAGCACUUAUUUGUGACAUUUAAAAUUCUUAUGCUAUAUUUUCUCCAGGUAAGCAAGCAGAUAAAGAAAAUCAUUACUUAUUUGUGUCAUGAAAAACCUGUAUCUUAUAUGUGUCUUCUCCCAAUAAGAAAAGAAAGAGAUGCAAGGAGAUAAAGACCAAUGCAUACAAGUGCUACCACAAUAAUUUCUGCUAAGAAAAGAAAAACUAAAGUGUUAGAUGUUCUUAUUCAUA